CUCACCCGAUCCCACGUCAAGACGAGUGGGCUGCAUAACGUCAGGUGGACGACCACGAUGGUGUGCAACGCCUCACACUAUCCAGUAACAUUCCCUCUCUUCACCGCGAACGAGGCGGCUCUGCCCUUGAGAACAAUUCAUGCAGGGGCCAGCAUGGAAAGACGUUGGCUACACCGCAUGGGACCCCCGACACCCCUCCCCCUUCAAACGACUCCAGUCUACGAGAAUGCGUCCAGUGCGUCUGCUCGAGUCGACGUGGUCUAGCCCCGUGUCCACGAAAUCGGACCACGAAUGGGCCACAAUGGAAUGCUCUCCGUUGCCGACAGCCCCUGGCUCGCAUCUGCCAUGGCGCAAUCUUAUCGCGACGGACCGUUGACCGCCAUUUCGCUCGUCGCCAUGGCGGCGGCUAUAAUUAACGACGUGCCAGCCAUAAGUAGCGAUCGUCACGUCAUUUGCAUCUCUCAUCACCCACCAUGCAGUGUCUGGCCAUCGCCAUCGCGGCUGUGCUCGUGCCGCUUGUGUCUGGGCAAUUCCUACGUCAAGGGAGCAAGCCGAUCGAAGUUCAAGUGGGUGCGACGGGUGCCGGCGACAUGGCCAACGUCGUGAGGUUUUACAGCCAUCGGAUCAAGCGCGCAUAGGUGGCGCGCGCUACGUUAACACGUUCGCGUUUCGAUGUGGUGUGAGAUCGGCCGUCGAGGGUCGUCUGCAGUCGCAGGACAACCAACGAGCACUCGUCGGCUCGGCUGCACAAUACGGUUGGCAGAUGUGCCGACGUCACAACGACCAACAACAUCUCGUACCCGUGCAGUGUAGCCAUAUCCUUUGGGCAGCACAGGAGAGAGAGCAAGGAGGCAGGCGGUUCCAGCCUCCUCCUGGGCAGUCAUUGCGCUCCAGCACGGCAUGACCAAUGCUGCUUGUUGGAGUUGCCGAAAGCCUCUAGCUCGCGCUCCGAUCUGCGUCAUGCUACAUGCACCAGGGGUUAUCCAGU